AAGCUGUGCGAACGAGUCAUCGAUUCAAGGUUUCUCGUGCUCUCGUUUUUACUGCCUUUGGUAACAUUUCACUCUGUGCGCAUAAUUUUCGACUGUUUUGAACCCGCAUUCUUCCCUGGAAGUCGCAGGCGCUUCUGCUUGCAUCCAUUCAAAUAUACAUGCAUGCACGCAUGCAUGUACAUGCGUACAUGCCGUAGAACAACGCUGUUAAGUAUAUAUACUUGUAGGCGGUGUUCUGGCGCAGUAGCACGCAAUCGCCCAAAAAGCCAUUCUCUGGGAGAAAGUGUAGUGAAAAGAACACUGUUUGACUGACCACCUUUUUUAUUUUAUUGUAAAGAUCAAUUAUUUGAACGUUUUCAAUAUGCGUUUGAAUAUAUUUGUAAAUAUAAACAUUUUCGAAGUCGGCAUUCUCCAAAGGGCUGUGUCAGGUGGUGGAUCAGAAUGGACUAGUUUCGCAAGAUGCUUCAGCAAAACAAUGUCAAGGUCUAUACUGAAGGAGUCACCUAAUGCGGCUUUAGAUAAAACUCUGCUAAAUAGGUACUUGGAUUUGCCACAGCCAGAUAAUAAGGUGCAAGCAAAAUAUAUCUGGAUUGAUGGCACUGGUGAAGGAUUGAGAAGUAAAACAAGAACUCUGGAUUUUGUUCCAAAACAUCCGUCCGAACUACCCAACUGGACCUAUGAUGGAAGUUCAACAUAUCAAGCUGAGGGUGGAAACAGUGAUAUAUUCCUUUAUCCUGUGGCUAUAUACAAGGAUCCUUUUCGCAGAGGGUCUAAUAAAUUAGUACUUUGUGAUACCUACAAUCCUGACAGAAGUCCAACGAAAAGCAAUAAACGUUUUAGUGCUAACAAAGCAAUGGAAGCCGUAACAUCCAUGGAGCCGUGGUUCGGAAUUGAGCAAGAAUAUACUUUCUUAGAUUUCGACGGUAGGCCACUUGGCUGGCCUAAGAACGGUUUCCCUGGGCCACAAGGUCCAUAUUAUUGUGGCGUUGGCGCAGAUAAGGUCAUCGGUAGAGAAAUUGUUGAAGCUCAUUAUCGAGCCUGCUUAUAUGCAGGUGUAAAUAUAUCCGGAACUAAUGCAGAGGUUAUGCCCUCACAGUGGGAAUUUCAAGUUGGUCCGUGCGUUGGUAUUAGCGCCGGAGAUGACCUCUGGAUUGCCAGAUUUCUCCUUCAUCGUAUUGCCGAAGAAUAUGGCGUAAUCACCAGUUUGGAUCCAAAGCCUGUGGAUGGUUCUUGGAAUGGAGCUGGGGCCCAUACGAAUUUUUCCACGAAAGCUAUGCGAGCUGAGAAUGGUCUCAUUGAAAUUGAGAAGGCUAUAGAAAAACUAAGUAAAAAACAUAUAAAACAUAUUCAAGCUUACGAUCCUAAAGAAGGCAAAGACAAUGAGCGACGCCUUACUGGAAAAUGCGAGACAAGCAGCAUAAAUGAUUUUAGCGCUGGUGUGGCUAAUAGGAAUGUAAGUAUUCGGAUCCCACGAGGCGUUGCGGAUGAUAAGAAGGGAUAUUUAGAAGAUAGAAGACCCAGUAGCAAUUGCGAUCCGUAUUCCGUGUGCAACGCCUUAGUUCGUACUUGCCUUCUUAAUGAGUAAUCUUCCAGGGCGCCAUCAUUGGUAUAUUGUUUAAUAAUAAUUAGUGUCAACUAAUUUACCAUAUCAUAUACAUUAAAGAAUUUAGGUGUGAAUGAAGUUAGUCGUAUCAUUAAAGGGAUAGUGUGUUGUUAAUCAUUUCUCAAUUUCGUUUAAAAAUGAUACAUUUAAUAAAAAAAGGCUUAUCAAAAAUAAUAAAUAUUAAAAUAAGAAUAAGAAUUGACAUAGAUAUAAAGAGUCUCUGGUUGUUAAGUAAAAAUGUUUAAAGUUUCUCGUCCACAUAAAAUUUGCUAUGGUUAAAGUAAAGAAAUAAAAAGAAAAAGUCGAUGUUGUCAUUUGAUAUCUCUAAAUAGGAAUCAGUGAUAUUUCACUGACUGUAGAUGAACAAUACUUUUUAUGAAGGUUUCUUUAAAUAUAGUGAAUUAAAUAUGUGAGUUUCGACCGCGUUUUCAUAUAUUUUUAUGCUUGCAAAUAUUCCUUUUUUAAUAACAUAAUAACUUUUUUGAAAUACUUUUUUCAACGACUUCAUAUUCCUUAGAUAAUUUUAGAAUUUGAAUAUAAAAUGAUAAACCUAAAAUGUGUAUUUUCCUGAUCAGUUUCAACAAAAUGAUGUACAAAUAUGAAGGAAAACAAAAUCCGUUUAUGACCAAAUAUAGUACUUAUUGGUACCCAUUCUUUUAAUGGAAUUUUUUCUUUUUUUUAACGUUUUAAAAUUUCAUUAUAAAGUGUACAGAAAAUGUAUUAUUAUUUGAUAAUUGUCGUGCCCCUAUGAACAAUAUUACUUCUCUAUCUGCAAUCAGACCUUCUAUUGGAACACGAAGUAUAUACUCUGAUAAUGAUUUGGACAAUUAUUUUUGUUUUUCGUGAAACAAAUGCAGAAAAAUCGAAAAAAGUGUCAUUUUAAAUAGGGUGAAAGAGCCCACAGUCAACCCAUUUUUUUGAAUAUACAAUUUUCUUGUUUGUGUGAUCUCAAAAACAUGUUUAGUAGUUACUGAAUGGUUACCGGAGAUGCCUACUUCACCCACAAUUAGUUCGAUAUUCUUUAUAUUCAUUUAAAAAAAAAUUUAUAAUUUCAGGUUUAAUUUAUGUCUAUUAUGAAUGGGACAGUUUGAAAUUGUUAAAUAUCGCAUACAUAAACGAAAUAUAUACUGUAGAAAUAAAAAAUCUCUGUUAACUCAUGUUAUUUCUAAUUAUAGAUUGUAAAUAACUGAAUAUAUUGUACUACUUUACCUUCAUAAACGCAGUAAUUUGGUA